AUGCCAAACACCAACAAAGCAGCCAAGAAAAACAAAGCCUUCGCUCAACUGCGAAAGGCAAACCAACAACAACAACAAUCGGGGAGGGAAUUACCUAGUGAAGAACCCAUCAUAGAUGCUGAUACAUUUCAGUCGGAAACUGAUAAAUUUCAAUCCAACAAGAUUGAGGACCUAAGAAAAAAGGCUGGUCUUUUGGAAAAGGACAAGGACCGAUAUGUGAUCCAACCUCUCAUAAAUGAACAUGAAAAUUCCUAUGAGGAUGACCAAGAUGAUGAAGAACAAGAUGACCACUCUUCUGCACCUAUUGACAAGAAGCUCGUAAAACAAACAGUCGAUAAAGUUACUAAAAAACAAAAAGAUGAAAGUGAUGAUGAGGAUGAUGAUGAUGAAUUAACCAGCCUCUCUGCCAAGACUUCAACAACAACAACAACCAAUUCCAGUGAUGAUGAUGAUUCGGAAAAUGAUAACGAACGAUACAAAGGAGCAUUUAGUGAUGAUGAAGAGUCCGAUGAUGAAGAUGUCUUGAAAUUAAAGAAAAAGGCUUUAAUGAGUAGUAGCACGAGUAAUAACCGAUGGAAGAGAAGUGAGUUCUUUGAGGGUCAAUCACAACUCUCUCAAAAGACUCACACCAAUCGAGAAAGAAAACAAUAUGAAGAAGAAGAGGAAGAAGUAAAGAGAAUUCAAGAAGAACGUGCAAAGAGACUUGCAGCUACGGAUUAUCUCGAUGACUUUAUGCUUGAUCAACAACUCUCCACUCCAUCCUUUUCUAGAAAGAAGGAGAGUCAAAAACAAUCAUCGGGUGGUAUUUCAUUGGAAGAAAAGUUGUCCAUCAUACAGAAAGAUGCUCCAGAGUUUAUGGAAUUGCUUGUAGAGUUGAAAAACAAGCUCUCAACUGUUAAGGAUCAAUUACAUCCUUUAAUGUCUAAAGUCAUGGUGGGUAAUUUAGCAACAAGUGAAGGAUUGAGCUAUUUAGAAACAAAAUAUCACUUGAUUUUGAGUUAUUGUACAAAUAUUUUGUUUUACAUGCUUUUGAAAUCAAGUGGAAAAUCUGUGAAAGAUCAUCCUGUCAUUGACCAAUUAGUGGAACUUCGAUUACUGUUAGAAAAGAUAAAACCAAUCGAUGAAAGAAUGAAAUAUCAAAUCGACAAACUAGUCAAAAUGGCCAAUGAUAUUCAGGAUGCAACAAUGACCUAUGAAUUCAAAGCAAAUCCAGACAGACUUGUGAAAAAUGAUGAAGAGGAUGGUUAUUCAAACCAUGGUGACGAAGGUGACGAAAUGGCAGAAAGUGAUGAAGAUUAUUUGGAAAAAACAAAAUCCUCAAGAAAGUUAAAAACAUCUCUUGACGACACUGAUAGCGACAUGGAUGAAGAUGAAGCUGAUGAUGAAACUUAUGUUGCUCCAAAGAUGAUGGCUAUUAGGUAUGACGAUGGUGAUGAAAGAAAGGCAGAGAAAACAAGAAAGAAGGCAAUGGAAAGAAUCGAAAAGGGUAAAUUAUUGAAAGAGCUCAAAGCAGAGUUUGGAGAUGCUCCAGAAGAACGAGAAUCUGUCGGUACUGAAAAUAGAAGCAAGUAUUUGGCUCAAAUUGAGGAGGCAGAACUUGACUCUCGCCACCGAAUGCUACUCACCAAGAAAGACAAGAAGAAAAUUGCUGAGGAAUUGAAAAUCAAAAAUCCACUCGCAGAGAUGGACUCAUUCCAUGAAUUCACAGCACUUCAAAGAUAUGCCAAGUCAAAGCAAGCCACAAGCAGCAAAUUAGCAUUGGCCCAAUAUAUUGGAGAUGCCGAUGAGGCCUUAAAAGCUCUCGAAAAAUCAAACUCUGCAGCACCAAUCGAUGAGAAUGGAUUGAACGAAGAGGAAAAAGCAAUGUUAGAGAGUGGAGCACUGACCUAUGAUUCUGACUCUGAUUUUGAUGAAGAGGAAGAUGACUAUGAAGAAGACUCUAAAAAGAGAAAGCGAAGAGGAUUUGAUAAUAUCAAUAGCAAGAAAACAAAGAGAGAUUUGGAGGAUGAAACCUUAGAAGACGAUAGGCGAGAUGAUCAAGGAAAGAGAAAGGCUGACAACAACACCCUUAAAAACAGAGGAAUUGCUGCUCACAAGAAGGUUGACCAACGAAAUCCAAGGCUAAGACUGAAAAACAAGUUCAAUAGCAAGACUGGUGGAUAUAGAUUUGGUAAAUUAAAAUCAGAAAAAGGUUACAGUGGAGAAAAGAAGAUUCAAACAAACACUGUGCGAUCAAGAAAAAUCAAAUCGUAA